AUCCGCCGCGGUCACACUAUUGUUGACCAAAACACAAAAUAAACUAGGUGUUUCGGUGUUUUAUUAAAUUAAUAUUUAAUAUAUAGUCCAUUUUCUGUGACUAUGUCUGACUACGACCAUGCACGCAUCAAGAAAUUAGUGCUGAAAGGCGAAAAACAUAAGAAAAGUAAAAAACGAAAGAAGGAAAAGGAUGAGGCGGGAUCUUCCAAAAAGCCCAAGGUGGUGGUGGACCAGGAUGCAGUGGAGCACGGUGGAUGGUGGGCGGCAAAGACAGCUGCCGACAUAACGGGGACAGUGUCUAUUGAGUUCGGCGAUAGGUGUUACUUGAAAGCCAUGGAUAAUGGUCUUUUUACUCUGGGAGCACCUCAUAACGCUGGCGAUGGCCCAGAUCCAGAAGAGAUCUUCACUGUCUUUCUUAUCAAUGACCGUAAGGUAGCCUUUAAGUCUGGCUAUGGCAAGUACUUGAAAAUCGAGAAAGAUGGCAUGGUAACAGGGCGAUCCGAAGCUGUGGGUAGUAUGGAACAGUGGGAGCCAGUUUUUGAGGAAAAUCGCAUGGCCCUGCUUUCGGAAACCGGACACUUUAUGUCCAUCGACCCCGAAGACGACGCCUGUGUGGCAUUGCGUAAAAAGGUUGGACAAUAUGAGAUCUGUAAAGUGCGGAGUAACGCAGCUAGGGAUGUGGUCAUCGAUACGGAGCCCAAGGAAGAAAAGGGGGACUUGGGCGAAGUUGAAAAGAACUACGUGAAAAAGUUCCAAAAGUUCCAAGACAAGAAAAUGCGGAUUAAUCAAAACGAUGUAAAAGAACUCGAAGAUGCCAAGGCUCAGGGAUCCCUGCACGAAACUCUUUUGGACAGACGCAGCAAAAUGAAGGCCGAUCGGUAUUGCAAGUAAACCGAUUUGAUUUCGUACCCAUUCAUUAAAGAUUUUUGUACCAGUCACAAAAAGGCUUCGUUUCUUAGCUUGAAUAUUAAAGGUUGGUGGUUAAUUAAUUAUAAAAAUGAUUAAUUUAACUUGCUUCUAAUAUCUUUUAAAAUGUCAGUCCCUAGUUGAAUUCUGACCUGAUCCUACAGAUAAAUAUUAAACUGUACAUCGCAAAUGAAAUAUCGAAGAUACGCUGCAAACAGUUACAGCAAGCGGACAGGGAAUAAAUAUCUGUAUUAUCUUAGAUCUAUUAUUGUUUCGUAGUUCUAGGAUUACUUUUUUUUAGACCU